AUGCCGACGGCGUCACCCCCCCUCCAGAAGGACGCCGGGAUCUUCAAACUGCUCCAGUUACCCGAAACAUCCACACGCUGGGACGUACAUGCAGCAUACGUGACGUUUCUACAGGAGUAUGUACAAGAACGCGAGAUUGCCAAGAAGCUGCCACCUGCCGUGAGGAAAACACACAGAUUCAAGAAGAGCGGGGUACAGUUCAAAGAGAACGGCGACACGGAAGUCAAGAAGCUUCGCGAAGAGAACAAUAAGUUGCGCAAGAGAGUACAGCAGCUGGAAGAGGUGAUUGCUUCAAUACAGUCUAACUCUACCGCCAUGAAAAAAGACAUGAGCGACAUGAAGCUUUCAAACGAUGUAUUCAAGGUGAAAGUGGCCAACCUCAAGGACCAAGUGAAGAGCUUGAAUAGCAACGCUCAGACCCACAUUGUCACACAUGAGCAGGCAAAUAUGCCGAAGCCCUACUGGUCUCCGAACCUUUACACUGCUCCGACAGUCCUUGAGAAGAUUUCCAAGGAAGACACCACACCUAACACAGUGAUCCUACACCUCGGCACGAAUGACUUGAUGGCGAAACCGAAAGAGUCAGUCAUCUCAGAGUUUGAAGUGGCAGUGAGUACCACACAGUCGCUAUUUCCUGAGGCCGAGGUGGUAAUCUCAGCAGUCCCCCCAAGAAGAGAUGCAAGCUCCUAUCGCCCAAACAUCAACAAGGACAUUCUCUCUGUGAACCAGCAUCUUGAAUCCAUGUGUAAAACGAACAACUCGCUGCUAUAUGUCAACCACCCACAACUGUGGAGCGACAACGAUUACAACGAGCACAUGUUUGAAAAAGACGGCUAUGACAACGCAGGCAAGGCCAAGGCCAACAGAAGUUACCCUUCUCCCCCUCCGCAAGUCGGAAAGAAGGAUGACAACCGUCCCCCGCCUAGCAGACGCGGGGCCCCCUUCAGAUCUGGUAUGCCUGGUGAGUUCCGGCCCAGAAGGAAUGGCGGACAAAUGAAACCCUUCUCUUCAGAUGGGUCUUACAAAAAUGGCGGCACGUCUCACAAGCAGCCUAUGCCUUCACCAGGUUUAUCUCCAAACCGGAGUGAGAACACACAUCAGAGGGCGUUCACACCUCCACCGCAUGGUGCUAACAACGCCAACGGCCCGGUGAACUUCUGCCCACCCGGUAUGCCAAACGGUCCGGUCCCUCCUGCCCCUGCUCCAUUCUUCUUCCCGCCCUGGUUCCAAGAAUGGCCCUCCCCAGCAGAGGUGUAUGGCCGCCCCCCAGCAUGUGGAGUACUUCCCCCGUGGCCCAGCCCUCCGCCGUUCCCGUACUUCAACUACCCCAGGAAUGGCCCUCCUCCACCUAGGCGAAUGGCGGGGCAGUGUUAG